GCCUCUCAGCCUCAGAUAAAUAUCCAAUUAACUUCCAACAGAGUUCCUUGCAAGUCUAUAUAUACCCUCAUUCUGCACUUCAUAACACUCAAUGGAAGCUAUAUAGCGUGAGUGAUGAUGGGAAGAACACCAUUUGCAUGCAGUAGUGAUGAAAAUGGUUUGAAGAAGGGGCCUUGGACCCCAGAAGAGGAUAGAAUAUUGGUGGAUUACAUUCAGAAACAUGGGCAUGGGAGUUGGAGAGCACUUCCAAAACUUGCAGGGUUGAACAGGUGUGGGAAGAGUUGCAGGCUAAGGUGGAGUAAUUAUUUGAGGCCUGAUAUCAAAAGAGGAAAAUUCUCUGAGGAAGAACAGCAACUCAUCAUUAAUUUACAUUCAGUUCUUGGUAAUAAGUGGUCGGCUAUAGCAGGUCAUCUGCCAGGUAGAACUGAUAAUGAAAUUAAGAAUUUCUGGAACACUCAUUUAAAGAAAAAGCUUCUGCAAAUGGGGUUAGAUCCAGUGACUCAUCGUCCAAGAUCAGAUCACCUUAAUCUUCUAUCUAAUCUCCAACAGUUACUGGCUGCUACAAACAUUGUGAGUAAUAUUCUCACAAACACUUGGGACAGUACUCAUAAUGCUCUAAGGCUACAAUCAGAUGCCAAACUCCAAUUGCUGCAGAACAUACUUCAAGUUCCUACCUCAAACUUGGACCUACUCAAUCCAUUUGGACCAUCAGAUGGUUUUCUAAAUGAAGUUUUGGGGUUGAAUCAGUCUAAUAAGCUCCAAAACCUUUAUAAUAAUGGUAGUUCAACUGAUGGUUUUCCUUCUCAGAAUCAGCCAAAUAUCCAAAGCUUUGAAGCCCCUCAUCAGCAGCAAACUCUACCCAAUGGAGGAAGCAUUAAUAGGAGUAGCAUGAAAUCUGAAAAGCUUGAUGCGCCAUAUUCUUCUUCAACAGCAUUCGUUAAUUCUCUUCCAAAUCUAGUUUCAGCCUCACCUGAAUAUUGUUCCACUCAUGUCAUGCAAAUGGAAAACAAGGUAAAUCCAAAUGAGUUCUCUGACCCUUCUUCCACUUCAACCAACAACUUUGAAAUGUGGGGAGAUUUCAUGUAUGAGGAAGUAAGCGAUGCUUAUUGGAAAGAUCUCAAGAUAGACCAAGAGUAGUGGACAGUCUCUUUUAAAGACAACGGCAUUCGAGGUCUAUCACUGCGAUAAUAAUAGGAAUUAUCAUUGAUCUCUAGGAUCAACACAGAAUGUUUCAUUUAGAAAAGUAGUUGGUUGGUUCAUGUGCAUUUGAAGAUGGAUUAAAUCUUGGAUUCAAUCAUUAUAUUUUGUAUAGACGAACCAUGCAACAUGGAGAUUGUAAUUUAUUUUACAGAAUAAAUAAAAUCCUCUCUUAUUCCU